GAUACCAACUUUGCUUUUAUCCCACCACACCCACCAGCGAAUUCAACGUCAGCGAAUUGAAUGAAUCGACGUGUGUAAUGUUUGGCCUGUUGAAAAUAGAGAUGCGUCAUGUGCUAAUAUGCUCGUCCGUUCAUAUCACAAACAACGUGUGUGUUAUUUAUCUAUUACGACAUAGCAUAUGGUUUAUUUUGUAGCGUUAUAGGUAGGUAGUUACAUAUCGAACGCUGGUUCGUCUUAAGCCAACUUGUAAACAACAUGUGCCUCAAUGGGCCAAUGGGGAAGCUCAUCGAUGAGGAAUACUUUAACGUGAUUGGCCCGUUUGUGGCCGUUUGGUUUGCCACGAGUUGGAAAGUGUUCUUUUAGCUUUGUUUUUAUGAAGUUACUACCCUGAGUAUAGGUCACACAUUUCUCCCUACUCUAGUCAUUUACACUGUUUGUUUAAUAUUUAACUGUAGCAGUAACAGUUACACAACAAGCAGUUUAUGUCAUAAAACAUGAGUGGACAGUGACUUUGAACCGCAGAAUGAUAGUGUAGCCUCAAUCCUGCCUCAGCAACCUGACGUUAACAUGGCUUCCCUUAACACAGACGCAGCCAUGUCUCCAAAGAUCACUGGAGAGCUGCUGAGGCAGCUUCGUCAAGUGAUGAGAAACUGCAAAUACUUCACUGAGCCAAUACAGGCCUAUAUUGUUCCUUCUGGUGAUGCCCAUCAGAGUGAAUACAUUGCACCAUGUGACUGCAGGCGUGAAUUUAUCUGCGGUUUCAACGGCUCUGCUGGCACGGCCAUUGUCACAGAGCAGUAUGCUGCUUUGUGGACAGAUGGGCGCUAUUUUCUCCAAGCCACCCAACAAAUGGACAACAACUGGACCCUCAUGAAGAUGGGACUGAAAGAGACACCGUCUCAGGAGGACUGGCUGAUUAGUGUUCUGCCAGAAAACUCCAAAGUGGGAGUAGAUCCUUGGAUUUUUGCUGCUGACCAGUGGAAGAACAUGUCCAAGGCACUGAUGAACGCAGGCCACUCUCUGGUGGCGGUGCAGGACAACCUGAUCGAUGCAGUUUGGGCCGACCGACCGAAACGACCCAGCACACAGCUGCGCACCCUGGGACUGGAGUACACCGGUAUGUCGUGGCAGGACAAGAUCGUUCAUUUGCGAGCCAAGAUGACACACAGGAAGAUCAGCUGGUUUGUGGCCACUGCCUUGGAUGAAAUCGCGUGGCUUUUCAACCUGCGUGGUGCCGACAUUGAGUACAACCCAGUUUUCUUUGCAUAUGCCAUUGUGGGAAUGAACACAAUAAGGCUCUUUGUGGACAGUAGUCGUCUUUCCGACCCUGCGUUAAGAGACCAUCUGCAGCUGGACUCUUCCAGCAAACCUGAGCUGACCAUCCAGACACUUCCCUACGAGUCGGUCUACUCUGAGCUCCAGGCCGUCUGCGCCGCACUUGGGCCAAAAGACAAAGUCUGGAUCAGUGACAAGGCCAGUUGUGCUCUCACACAGGCCAUCCCAAAGGCCCACAGGACUCCAAUUCCAUACACUCCACUCUGCCUUUCCAAGGCUGUGAAAAACGCCACUGAGAUUCAAGGCAUGAGAAUGGCCCAUAUCAAAGAUGCAGUUGCCCUUUGUGAACUCUUUGCUUGGAUAGAGAAAGAGAUUUCAAAGGGCACGGUGACUGAAAUCUCUGUUGCUGAUAAGGCUGAAGAAUUGCGCAGUCAACAGAAGGACUUUGUCGGCCUCAGUUUCCCCACGAUCUCCAGUGUUGGUCCCAAUGGAGCAAUCAUACAUUACAGACCGCUCCCUGAGACCAAUAGAACUCUCACCAUGAAUGAGGUUUACCUGAUUGACUCCGGAGCUCAAUAUGUUGAUGGAACCACAGAUGUCACACGAACCAUGCACUUUGGAACACCAUCACCUUAUGAGAAGGAAUGUUUCACCUAUGUCCUAAAAGGACACAUAGCCGUCAGUGCUGCUGUUUUUCCCAAUGGAACCAAAGGGCAUCUUCUGGAUUCAUUUGCUCGGGCAGCUCUGUGGGAGUCCGGUCUAGACUACCUCCAUGGGACGGGCCACGGUGUGGGCUGCUUCCUCAAUGUCCACGAGGGGCCGUGUGGCAUCAGCUAUAAGACAUUCGCUGAUGAGCCCCUGGAGGCCGGCAUGAUCGUCAGUGAUGAACCUGGGUACUAUGAAGAUGGAUCUUUUGGUAUUCGCCUGGAAAAUGUCGUCGUUGUUGUUCCAACAAAGCCCAAAUACAACUACAGAAACAGAGGGAGUCUGACUUUUGAGCCACUCACUCUGGUCCCCAUCCAAGUCAAGAUGAUCGACACAGACCUGCUCACUCAAAAAGAGCGUGACUGGGUGAACGACUACCACAGGAAGUGUCUGGAGGUGGUGGGAGCAGAGCUGGAGUGGCAAGGCAAGAAGGAGGCGCUGGAGUGGCUGAUCAGGGAAACACAGGCCAUCGUCUGAGGCUGAGACCAGAGAACAGAGCCGAUCAUGAUGACAGGGAAUAUGCUGAAUAUCUCUGCAACGAUAAUCUUCUCUGAUCAUUUUGAUCAUUUCUCUGUGUCACACACGGCUUCUUUUUGUAAAGCACAUUGUACCAGCAGUUUUAUUAAAGAUCAUCAAGAGAAAAA